AUGUCUAGUUCGCAUAAUCAGAAUACUACAUUUCAAGAACGUAGGAAUAAACUAUCUAUUUGGGUCAAAAAAUUUAUCCAACCGAACAGAGAACACAAGUCGUCGUCUUCAUUAAAUCAGAGAAGCCAGAAACCACAACGGCGUCAAUUGCUGUCUGUGGAUCAGGAGCCGAUACUGUCCAUAGACCCAGAUAUAAAUGAUAAUGAUACACAAAACUCGAUAUUCACAGUAAGCGCACGAGAUGUUUUCAGCACCAGUAACUCUACGGCAGCGUCCUUAGAAGUACACCCUCUGUGUUCUACUACGAAGCAGAGUCAUCGCGGUCAUCGUCAUAAUAAUCAUCAUCAAAACCAACUCACCAAUAAUUAUUUUACCCAUCGCAAUCCACAACACCAACAGCAACAGGAUAGUGCAGCUACCAGCAGCACACAUCAUCAUCAACACCACCACCACCUACCACAGGUAUCUAGAAUUGAUUUUGAGAACCCAAAUGAUAAUGCAAGCACUGUCCCAUUGGUAUCUGUCUGCUCGUCUUCUAUAAAAUCAAGUACUUUCUCAGAUGCUCACUCUCUGCAAUCUACCAGGGCCACCGUCUUUUCUAAUAAAACAUUUGACACAAACUCCAGCACCAUAGGUAUCCCACCGGCAAGUAUUGUAGAUAGAGGAAGAUAUACGGUUGCCGCUCCUAGUGUCUUAAGUAUGGCCACUUCUCAAACAACCCAACCGCCGCCGCAGCAGCAGGGAAGAUCCUCGUAUCACAGAACUAAUAGCGUUCACACCUCAGUCAGCGUGACAAGUGUCGCUACCAUCCUCGAUUCCUAA